AUGGCCGGACCCUGCUUGGUGGAAGUGGAGGCUGUCGAGCAAAUCCGAGAGUUGACGCUGAAGAUGUCGACAAACUGCUCUACUAUCGACAAGGGUUCGGUGCUGGGCCUCGUUCAAAGACGAGUAGGAGUAGGUAGGAAUUCCCGUGUUAUCAAAGAAAGCCGCGGGCCGUUAGAAGUUGGACAUUCUAUAUAUUCGCGCAACGCAGCCCCAUGGAUGAAGAUUAGACAAGGAAGCCUAGGGUUGUAA